AUGCUGAGCGUCGGCAAAGAGCAGCCAGCGGGCCCGGCGCGGAGCUGCGGGAGGGCACCGCGGCCGCGCACCCGGGAACCGGCAGGCAGGGGUCCCUCUCCGAGGCACAGCCCCGACCAGAGGCGCACACGGCCGGGCACCAGAAAACACGACGCGCUGCAGCCCAGGCCGGGGACUGCCGGAGCGCCCGUCGCGAGGGCGGAGAGCGGCUACAGCCACACGGCCACUCGCUCAGAGCGCUCUCGACCGCAAGCUACGACUGCGGCGGUCCCCCGGCUGCAGGGUCCAGAAGGGCCCGAAGGAGGCAACGCCACGGCAGAGCUUUCCCAGCCGCGGAGCGCGGGGCUGACGGGCGGGCCGGCCGCUGGGCGAGGGGACGCGAACACGUACAACGGGCCCCGGGCCGGUACGAGACACAGAGCCGAGCACACUCCGCGCCGCGCGGCGGAAGGCAACCACAGCGGACGUCCCGGCGGCGCCGCAGCGACGGAACAGGGAGCCCCCGCGCCGCCGCCCGCGCCGCCGGGCUCCCCACGCAAACCCGCAGGGCUGAGCCAACGGCGCUCGGCAGUCCGCACAGCCCGCGCCGCGGCCGGGCCGGGCCCGCCCCCGGGUCCCGACGCGCGCUCCGAGAAGGGCGCCGAGGGCACCACGCAGGUGCUCCCCGCCGGGAGGCGGUCCGCCCGCGAGCGGGGGGCCCGUGGAGGAGCGCGCGGGGGCUCAGGGCGGGGGCACGCCCGCGGGGGGCCCGUGGAGGAGGCGGGGGCUCAGGGGCAGGGGGCACCCCGCACCGAGGGCGGGGGGCCCGUGGAGGAGGCGGGGGGCGCGGGGGCUCAGGGGCAGGGGGCACCCCGCACCGAGGGCGGGGGGCGCCGGGCGCGGCGGGGGGAGGGGCGGGAGGGGGCGGGGGGCGCGGGCCGACUCACCGUGGUCUCCCGCACUUGGCUGUGGAAGUGCUGUUCCCGCGCCGACACCUCGUCCUGCCCCCCAUCCUCCCUCAUGCCCGCCGCCGCGCCGCCCGCAUCCGCGCGCUCCGCCGCACCAUCGCCCGCCGGUCCGGGACGGGAGCGGACUGACAGCGGGCCGCCGUCCGCAGGGUCUGCUACCGCGACCCCCGCCGCCGCCGCCUCGGCCCCCUCGACCGCCUCAGCCGCCUCAGCCGCUUCAGCCGCCUCAGCUGCCGCCCCAGCCGCCGCCUCAGGCGAAGCCGCUCUAGCUGCGGAGGGCGGGCGCGGGGCGGGGCUGGGGCGGGACCUGACGUCGUCAGAGGAAGGCGCUUUUGCGUCAGAGAAGCGCGCCGCGACGUCUGCGAACGGGAGCCGCCGAGGGGCGUGGCCUACCGGGGAGAGGAGGCGGGGCCACGCCCCCAGGAAGUGGAGGCCGGAGCCAGGCUGUCAGGACCAGUACCCGGCCCGGUGGGGACGGGGCGCGGGUCGGUUUGCUGGAACGGGUUCUUCCCUCUGUCGCAGUGGCAGGUGACUUGCUUUGGCCAGA